AUGGAUGCGUCCUGGUCUCCGGUCCUCCUGCUCUCCACUCUGUUGCUCUCCUCAGCAGCCUUCCUGGAGCCCUACGACCUGCUGUACGACACGGCCGUGCGGGCUUUUUACGCCGGGGACUACGAGAGCGUGGCUCUCCGGAUGGAGGAGGCGCUGCGCAGCCACUCGGAGGCGCGCCGCGCCAGGGUCCGGUGCCGCCUGCGCUGCCAGGACCAGCAUCCCUUCCCGGAGGAGACCUUCUCCGACCUCAGCUUUUUCGACGCGGUCCUCCGCAGAGCCGCGUGCAUGAACAGAUGCAUCGAGGAGAAACUGGGCUCCCAGUCCGUGCACAAAGUCAGCGAGGACGUGGUGCAGGACUUCCAGAGGAGGAUCCCCUACAACUACCUCCAGAUGGCGUAUCAGAAGUUGAAGCAGCCUGAGAAGGCAGCAGCAGCAGCUCACACAUAUUUCCAGGCCAAUCCGGAACACGUGGAGAUGGGCCAGAACCUGGAGCAGUACAAAGACAUCGAGGGCAUCGCGGAGGACGUCUUUGUGGACCGAGAAGCCCGUCCUCACCAGUACUCUUUCACAGAAGCCGUGAGGUCGUACGACGCGGGCGACUACCAAGGAGCUGCCGCUCAGUUUGAGGAGGCUUUGGCGGAAUACUAUAAAGCCGACGUGCACUGCCGGGCCCUGUGCCAAGGCCCACAGAGGUUUGAGGGCCACGAUCAUCUCCGCUACCGUUACAGCCUUCACGAGCUCGUAUCAGAUCACUUCACUCAGGUGCUGCACUGCGAACACGAGUGCGUCAGAGAUCUGGCCACCAGGCCGGGCCGCCUCUCGCCCAUCGAGAACUACCUCCCCCUGCACUACGACUACCUUCAGUUUGCUUAUUUCAAAGAGGAUCGGCUGGAGGAGGCGUUGGCGUGCGCUCUGACCUACCUUCUGUUCCACGAGGGAGAUGAGUUCAUGACAGACAACGUGGAUUUCUACAGAGAGGUCCUGGGCCACGACGCCAAGCCCAGAGAGAGGGCCGACUGGUACCUGAGGAGGCACAAGCAGGAGGUCGAGCUCCUUCGGAUCGGCAGCAAAAUAAUGGGCGUGGAAUUCACAGAUGGGAAUUACUGGAGCAGCACAGGUGGAAGGGACGACUCAAGCAGGAUUCCCUCUGGCACCGAUGGCUGGAUGGAGUACGUUCCCAUCUCGGAGAAGAAGAACGUUUCCACCGUCUCCACGCAGCAGCUCAGAGAAGGCGGCCCCCUGGUGUACGACGCCGUCCGGCUGGUGCAGAACUCGGCGGCCUUGAACGGGACCCAGCGAGUGUUGUUCGACCAUGUCAUAUCCGAGGAGGAGUGUGCGGAGCUCAGACACCUGGCACAUUCGGUCACCAUGGCGGGGGACGGCUACAGAGGAAGAAUGUCUCCCCACACGCCCAACGAGAAGUUCGAGGGAGCAACCGUGCUUAAAACUCUGCAGUACGGUUAUGAGGGCAGAGUGCCGAUGAGGAGCGCUCGCCUCUUCUACGAUGUCAGCGAGCGAGCCAGGCGAAUCAUCGAGUCCUAUUUCGUGCUGAACUCCACGCUGCACUUCUCUUACACACACCUUGUGUGUCGGACCGCCAUCACAGGACAACAAGAUCACAGGACUGACCUGAGCCAUCCCAUCCACGCUGACAACUGUCUGCUGGACCCCGAUGCCAACGAAUGCUGGAAGGAGCCUCCUGCUUACACUUACAGAGACUACAGUGCACUGUUAUACCUAAAUGGAGAUUUCGAAGGAGGGGAGUUCAUAUUCACAGAAAUGGACGCCAAAACGGUCACGGCAUCUGUGAAACCAAAGUGUGGUAGGAUGGUGGGUUUCUCGUCGGGGGGGGAGAACCCGCAUGGCGUGAGGGCGGUGACCAGCGGGCAGAGGUGUGCAGUGGCUCUGUGGUUCACCCUGGACCCACUCUUCAGAGAACUGGAGAGGCUACAGGCAGACGAGGUGAUCCUGGCACUGGACACACAGUCUGUUUUGGGUCAAGGCCUCAACAUCAACCCCAAAGAUGAACUUUAAAGGAUAUCUGGUUUUCUGUUUCAACUAUUUAUUAAAUUACCUUUGGAUGAGAACAUUUUUAUUUUUGUACUAUUUGAAGUGCAAGUUGAUGAUAUUGUCCUUUUGUGUUGUCAGCUUUGUGUUUUGUUGGGUUGUAAAGUUCGACUACCUUUCUGCUCCUGUGUUUUUCCGUCUGGUCGCAGCCUUCUGCUGAGCUGUAAUCUCACUGAACUGUGAAGAUGACAUUUCACCGCUUUGGAUUGUGUUUCAACAGGUUUAAUAUUUCCAAAUGAUAAUGUAUAGUUAUUACAGAAACACCUUAUUUUCAGUGGUCAGUGGUUUUAACUUAUAUUAGUUAUCAUUCUCCUAAAGGGUACUGUUAAACAUGAUAUUACUGAUUAUAUUUGUUCAAAUGUCUGUGCCAGUAUGAGUUAUUUUCAAAGUAGACGGUGCACUGUUUUUUUUGCUUUCGGUGUCUACACCUGAAAUAGUACUCAUUUCCAUGCCUUAAGGAGGAGAACAGAGUUAUGUGCUGAAUACACGCAUAGUACGGUUCUUUAUUUCUGUGUAAAUGUUUGGUUCACAUGUAAUAACAAAUCCGAAUACCGGUUUAAAUGUUUACUGAUGUGAGGACAUGGCGGGUGUGUGUGUGUGUUUAUUUAUGUUUUUAAUAGACAGCUGCUGUCUGCUAGUAAUAUGAAGAACUUUUUUUCAUAAAAGAUGCCAAUCGUUCCUGUUUCAAGGAAUACGUAUUUGUACGGUCUUUUGUAUCUUUAUUCUUGUGUCGAUUAUACCGAUGAGAGAUCGAGUCGUGCACUGUAAAUCCCCUGAAAACAAAAGUAACUGUUUUUGGGUUGUUUUCUUUUGUUGUUUUUUUUAAAAACAAAUUCAAUGAGCUAACCAGAAAUGUAAUUGUUCUUUUUUUUUUUUUAUUAGGUUGGCCACUUUUGUCUCACUGAUAUUUAAUCCUGAAAUGCUGUACAACACAAAAGUUUAUGUGAACAUGUUUCAAUCUUUAAAUUAAAAACCAAACAAAUCUUCCAC